CUCUUCUCUUCUCCGUCCUCUCCUCUCUCUUGAAUUCUUCCACCCUUCCCUCCUAUACUAUACAGUUCCUUUACUUACCUUUUGUUGAUACGCUCUGCUCAUCCUGCCUGUCCGCGCGCUUUCCCUCCCUCCAUCAUUUUCCACCCAUCUUUCCCUCUCGACUGACCCAGACUGUCUCCCUGGUUCAGUCGCCUCCGUUGUGCCACUUACCCCGCGAAACUCUUUUAUGCAAUCAGAGCCUUCCACAGUCUUCGACCGCUCGCCUCCGGUUAAACCCUUCUCGGAAGAAUCUCUCGAUCCCACUCAGCAUGGACAUGAUUCGCAUGGUGAGCAACGAGUCUCUGGGUUUCGCGAUGGCGAGCCUGGAGACUGCAGUCUCAGCCGUGACUCAUCCGGCGCACAGCCGCCCUUGAACGGGCGCACUGCGACUCCACCACCCCUCCCAUCGUCGAUUGACCCUGUCAGCCAGUACGAGCUUGCUGCUGCCGCGCAGUUCUCCGAGAGCCCCGCCGACCGGGGCCUCAACGUGACGCCCCCAGCAUCGACGUACUCGGGCUUCUCACUGGAAUCUUUCCCCAACGAGGUACUCACACACAUUCUGUCGCAUUUGCCGCCUCCAUCGUUGUCGUCGAUUGCGCUGGUAUCUCGUCGGCUGCACACUUUGGUCACCACGCCCCACGCGUGGCGAAUUGCAUUUUCCCGGUACUUUCCCGGCCCGUACACGGUAGAGGAUGGCGCCUGGCUGUCUGUUGGUGAAAACUCGGACCGUGUGACCUCUGAUAAGCGCUACUUCUCGCGCUUAACUGCUCUGGCUUCGUGGCGGAGCGAGUACAUCCUCCGCACGCGUCUGCUGCGGUCGCUCUCCCGGGGCAAGCCGGGCCAGUUCGAGCCGCCGAAGAGGUCCGGCACCGUCCGCACUGCGAAUGUUCGCAAUGGCAGCGCCGUGGUCACGUAUACCUCCCAGCUUCUGUACCCUGUCAGCCAUCUGCACGGCUCGUUUGGGUCGGAGGUCACUAAGAAGGAACCGGUUUUCAUUCAUGGGGCCUCGGAGCAAGGCAUCGCGUCCGCCAGCGACCCGUCCGCGGUCAAGGUCGGAACCUGGGGCCUCUCCGAUCAUCAGAUGUUCCGGCAUUUUGCCGAUCUUUUCCCUGGUGAUGCCGAGUAUGGGCUCGGGUCCGGAGACCUCGCUGGCAUGCCGAAUCGCAUGGACGUCAGUCAGCCGUUUGGUAUGAUAUACGGUGAGGCUUGUCCGCAGGGCCGGGCCUACUUCAUCUCUACGACGGAGCAACGCGGUAGAUUCUUAGGUUUGUCGGACCUGGGAUCUCAGCCUCAUUUGGGGAUCCCGGCGCUCAACCACAUCACUAGCGGUACCACUGCUGUUUGGAUCGCUAAGUCUUCCAAUAUGCUCAAGAUGACCGAUGGCUUGGUUGCAAUGCUUUCAGGUUCAUCCACUGGUAUUCUGUCAGCGUACGCUCUUGGCCCCCAUCCUACCUAUGAGAAACGGUAUGAAAGAGGCCAGGUGACCGCGAGAUGGGUACUAUGUCCGGGUGUUCCCAUCGUCGCGAUUGCUGUCGAUGAGAGUUUCUCACCAAGACGCUACGCGCGUCGUCGCAUUUGGGCAACUGCCCUCAAUGCACUGGGCGAGGUCUUCUACCUGUCUGACAUUCCACGACAGCCGGAUGUGGCUUCUACGAAGCUUACUGCUGAGGAGUACGAUCAACUCGCGUGGAAGACUGGUAGAAGUGCUCGAUGGGAGUUGAUAGAACUGACCAGGCGGACCGCUCGGCCGGACCCGUUCAGUCGGGAACCUCUCGAUGGUAGCUACAGCCCCAGAUCAUCGUCUGAUGCCAUGAAGCUCGACGAGAAGCAGAUCAUCGCAGAGACGAAAGAGAUCGAGCGCUUCCUCUCGUUCAAGCCCAAGCACUUCAGGAAAGUCUGCGAGGGCUGGGAUAUGAGGCGAGAGCUGAUGGUGGAUUUUGCCGGAGACGAUGGCCAGGGCGCGGGUGAAUCGAUCAUAUUGAUCUCCCGUGGCAUGGGCGAGGAUGAAACGGCGGCGCUCCGACGUUACACCCGCAAGAUUUCCACGCUUGCCAUGCCGCCGUUGAGUCUCGGCCCCCUCGCUGUAGAUGGUGCUCCUGCGCCGUCCCUCUUUGGAGGGCCCGUGAAGUCACCCAUAACACCCUCAUUAGCCGGCACAUCCGGCAGUUCCACUCCAUCUCGAGCUUCAAGUGGUUUUGGUGAACCUAUUUGUACAGCUGCAAACACCGAAUGGUGCAUCUCGGAUUUCAACUUCAGUGAUCGGAAGUCGAUCCAGAUCACGACCACCGCCUUGGACCGCUCAAACUACGCCUUGUUGACGGCGGAUGAGGAUCCUCUGAUUGGCAUGUCUGGUAGCUCCGCGUUCUCGUCUGCUAUGUCCUCUCCAUUACCACACCUCAAGCAGACCACGACUAAAACCGAUGUACCAGGCCAACGCGGAAGGUACAUGGCUGUGGGAACUACCACGGGAAUGGUAUUCGUCUGGGACGUCCGAUCUCCGGCCUCGAAAAACCCCGAGAUCAUCAAGGACAUCGGGCCCAUUCGCAUCAUCCAGACUGAGUCGCCGCAGGUGUCCAGCGUAGCCUUGACCUCGCUGUACCUGGUGCAUGGAGGCAACGAUGGCCUCGUUCAGGCAUGGGAUCCUCUCGCUUCCUCGACGCGGCCUAUUCGGACCAUCAAUUCACGGUUCUCCUCUCGCGCUCGUCGCCGUCUCGUUCAAGCCGAGGCGUCUAUGCAUGGAGUUGGAAACAACUUUUAUGCCACGGGCGCCAUCUGCCUUGACACAGAUCCUACUGUGCUGCGUGGCAUGGUAGCGUUGGGCACUCACCUGCGCUACUGGUCUUAUAGCGCCUCCGCUGCCGACCAGUACAAGUCCAGCAAGCGACGACUGCGUCGCGGUCUUCGAGGCAGCAACGGCGCUGCGGACGGCGGCCAGCGCUUUAACAACAGCGGCCGCGGUGCACUGAACGACUACAUUCAGGACGAACGGGUGGAAAUGGAGCGCCAGAGAAUUGCCGACGAGAAGGAACGGGCGCAUCUAAGCCAGCGCUUCGGCGUGGAUCUCCUAGGACCCGAUGUGAGCGAAGACCAACUUCUCGCAUACGCCCAGCUCCUCAGCGAAGAAUCCUUCUCCAGCGAGGCGGUCAAGCGGGGUAGUGAUAUCGCCAUCCCCAAUGCAUUUCCCAGCGCCAGCUCCGCCGUGAGCACCUCCCCCAGCGACACCAUCGGUCCAAACGACAGCUCCUUCGCGCCGGACGAGCUCUCCUCCGCCUCCUCCCCGUACGAAGACCCCCUGGACGACGACGAGAACCUCGACCCCGAGAUCGCCGAGGCCAUCCGUCUCAGUCUCCUGGACCAGCCUCCGCUCCCCAAGGCCGAUCUCGGGCCGGCUGCGCUCGACACCACCCCCUAUCCCACUUCCUCGUCUCCUCAGCCAGCCUCGACCUCCCCGGUCCUGCCCGAGAGCAGUCGCCAGCAGGAGAUCGACGACCUGGAAUUCGCGAUCCAGCUGAGUCUCGCCGAGGCGGAGAGCCAGUCCCAGUCGCAGUCCCAACCGGAGGAAUUCCCCGCCCUCGCCCCGUGGUCGGCUACCCCGCCGCCUCCGCCUCCGUCCGGCAGGGAUAAAGGCAAGGGGCGCGCCCUAUGAUCCAAGUUUUGGGAUCUAUAGGUAUAAAUCUUGUGCUAUGUUGCGUGAUACUUGCCAGGUGUUUUGUGCAUACCUUUCUCUCGCGUUAAGUCUACAGGGCGGGUUUCCCUCUGUCUGGUAAUAUUUGUGGUUCUGUGGUCCUGUACUUACGUUGCGCUUUCUGUAUCUUGUGUACUGUCGUCCGGCAUUGAUUAUUUCACCGGACUUUGUUUCUAGACGUGCUUUCGGGUUCUGGGUAUCUUGUGAUAUCAUACAUCGAACGGAGACGGAGAUCUACAAGUCAAGUCUAUCAUAGAAGAGAAUCUACAAAGCUGAUGGACUGCAUAAUUGUGACUCCCU